UAUAAAAUAUGUUAAGCUAGUAAAUAGGUAGUAAAUUCAAAAUUAAUUAUAAAUCGUUAUGUUAUACCACUUGUUCUCUUAUUAAACUGUAAUUGUUGUUUUGUCUUGCAAAUUUUAAACCUACGCUAAGGUUAACAAUUUCCGGUUGACUUAAUUGUAAAGAUUCGUCGCUAUUCCUAUUUUCUAAUAUUUGUACCACUGAUAUUGUAAAUUGCAAUGCACCUGUGGCAUUAAUGCGCAUCUAUGCCAAGUUCAUUGUAGCUAUAACAAUAUUCACGAUACUGGUGAUUUUGUACUUCAACUCAAAGACUGCAAUUAAUAUAAAAUCGAAAUUAUUGUCUUCGAGCCAUGACGUGGCGACUACAUCACUGGAUAACAAGUCCGAAUCGAAGGUUAGCAUAUGGAUAUCGGUGACAAAAAUCGAUCGUGGCCACCUUUUGACAAAGUUUCGUAAGUUUUUCAAGUCCCUAAUCGGUCAUCGUGGCCAGUGUCGUGCUAUUUUUGAAUUAAAUGUAAUAACCGAUAACGCCAGCCGUCCGACAGUAGAUAGUGUAAUACACGAAUUUAGCAAACAAUACAAAGAGACACUACUGAAACUAGUUCAUUAUGAUUUUCAAGACGUUUUGAAAAUAGUUGAGAACAAAAUUGAACCAUUGAAACGAUUCUUUCAAUCAUCGAAAGGAUCUUACUACAGUGAUGAUGUUUUCUAUCUAUCACCAGCACUUCAUCUAGUCGCUCCUAUUUCUCUGGAAAAAGCUAUUGUAGUUGAUGUUGAUACAGCAUUUCAAUCUUCCAUUUGUGACCUUUACAAUGUGUUUGACAAUUUCACCAGCACACAACUGUUUGGUUUGGCGCCAGAACUAUCCCCAGUCUACCAUCAUAUUCUGUGGAAAUGGAGAAACUAUAAAGGUGAUAAGUACAAAACACAACGAUACCCAAACUUGAAUGGCCUUAACAGUGGUGUUUUAUUGUCAUAUUUGGAGCGGAUAAGAAGAAGCGUUGAAUACGAUAGACUUAUCAGCCCUGAAUGGAUUUCUAGUGUUGUUCAAAAAUAUCUAUUUAAAGGACAUUUGGGUGAUCAAGACUGGUACACUCUGGUAAGUUAUGAACACCCAGAGUUAAUAUACCGUUUGUCGUGUGGAUGGAAUCGCCAGCUAUGCACAUGGUGGAAGCUACACGGCUAUGCAGAUACAUUUGACUCAUUUGCAAAGUGUACAGAAAAAGUACAUUUAUAUCAUGGAAAUUGUGAUACACCUAUUCCACCUUAAUAACAUUUCUUCUGAUCAAAAAAAGUGUAUUGGGUUGCAUGAAAAAUGAAUUGAUUUUAUGAUUCAAUAAAAUGUAAUGGACCAAUCAUGUUCCACUAAACCAUGUUUGAAGGACUAUUAGCUUACUAUUGAUUCAUAAAUGUUUACUAAUUGUUCAUGCAACUUGGCAAUACAUGAUGUUUGCUAUAAUGUCAUUGAAUUACUUGUUUUUGUAUAAACUUGAACCGUUAUAUCUACAUAAAAUGUUGAUUUUUUUAAUAUAAUGUUAUUGUUUUUAAAUAAUAAAAUGUUUAUUGUAUAGGU